AUGUACAGUGGGAUUGAGGACGACGACAGAAUGGAUUGUUCACCACCAUGCCUGGAAUUCGAAUCUCAUAACGCAUUAUACCCAUCCGAUGGCUAUCUAUAUAUUCCACCUCGACUGUCGCAAGAUGACAACUCCUUCCCCAACAGCCGAGAUCAAGACAUUCAGCAAUCCAUGAGAACAUCGAUCACCAUGUCACCAUCAGACCGCGACACUCUGCCGUCCAUGCAGCAGAGAGAGACUCAGCUCUCAACUCAAACCGCAAGGAUGGCUGCCAUGCAACGAAGGCUCUUUCCUUUCGCGUCAGGCUGGGAUAUGGAAUCUGCUGGCCAGCUUCCGGAGUCCGACGCAAUGACGCCUCUCGAAUACGAGACCCCCGCGACUCUCAGUCGCACUUGUUCCGCAGCUUCCAUGGAAGUCCGUCCACCAAGCCCAGACCGGAGUCUUCCAUCACCCACACAGCCCCUCAGGCUCAUGUCAGCCGAGGAGGUUCAGGAGAGGAGGGCCUUCCCACGCCUGAGUGACCGCCCAUCAUUGAUGCGCCGAUGCUCUUCCAAGGUCAGUAAGGUCGUGGAUGGUUUGCGGGAGUGGGCCAUCGCGGAAGAACUUCCACAUGAUGACGCUGUGCACAGAAACAUGCCUUCAAACACCGAAUCUGCAAAGCCUCCGCCAAUGCCGAUCACGAGCGCCACGCAGACCUUGAAGGGGAUACCAACCAUCUCACUCGCCGAAGCACAAGCGCGAGUGAAGGCUGAUCCUCUUGGUCAUGCCUUUGAGGUAGAUCUGGCAGCGAGCACGAUUCCUCACACCAGGAACGAUCUUCAGAUUUUGGUCAUCGCAUUCGGACGGCCUUUGGCAAGUAAGUACAUUUUAUCAAUGAAACACCCCAACACCACCACUCUUGAUUCCCCUUUCUCCUAUAAGUCUGACCUAUCCAAGAUUUCUCGUCCUCUCUCAGCCCCAUCUAUCACUUGCUCGAGCAGGAGCCUCAUCGCAGUACCAGCAUUGACUGAACGAAUGGAUGCUUUCAAGUUUCCGGUCUCCUUAGAGCCAACGAAGUAUAUCAGCUCCAAACGAAGUAUAUCCCCUCCAUAUGAAGUAUAUCACCUCUAUACUCGGCAAUAUAUCACCUCCCUGUCGACCAUCAAGCUUUCGCGGACGAUGCGCCACGAUUGUUACGCACCACGUCCAGCGCGAAUUCGGAAUGUCGCCUCAUCCACAAAGCACACCUCUUUCGACCGAGCCCCGUUGGCGAGAAUUUUUGUGACCACAAUUGGAUUAUCACUUUCCCACAAGGCUUUCUCAUACUUUGACUACAAUGCAUUAUACGAUAUUUGCAUCAGAACCAGUUGGUAUAUAUUCAGCGCCGAACUCCAGUCAUCGAGCUUCUUCUGUCACACCACAACACAACCACCAAUGCGCAACGAAGACCACCAUAUCAACUCUUCACACUCGCAUUCACAGUACAACCACCAACCAUCAUCAAACCUCCGCGACCCAAUCAAAAUGUCGCAACCCCCCAGUUUCGGCGCCGCCAGAGCGGCCCAAGCAGCUCUCCUCGCAGGCGAGGCAGCCGCGUCACCACCACGCCCACGGCCACCCAAGUCUACGAGACAACUCCAACAUCUCGAAGCCGGCACACUCCGGAAGCCGAAAGCGCAACCUCAGCCCUCAAUCUUCCAGCGAUGCAGAUCCAAAGUCGCGACCAAGCUUCAAAGUCGCAACGGAUCUCGUCCGCAGCAGGAGGCCGGUCCGUCAGCCUACGAACGCAUAGCGGAGCAGACUUCGGACGCGGUGCCUUUGGAGACGCACAUCGUCAAAGGCAUUGCUAUCAUCACGCUUGCGGAGGCGAGGGAGAGGGUUAGACAAGAUCCAGUUAGGCAUGCUUACUUGUAA